GUACAGAACCCGUGUCUAAUGGUAUAAAGCAGUCAAAUUAAACCAUAUGCUAGUGUGCGCUCAGCUGUGGCGGCUGGUGGCGCAACCCAACACAAACACAACAUCGCCGCGCUGAUCUCGACCAAAAGGCGGUUCUUAUUUGGAUGUUAAAAAAUUCAUUCGCCCCGAUUGGCAUGUCCUAAACUGGCAGCAAGAUUUAUUUUGCUCCGAACCAAAAACAGUGUAUCGACAUAAUUCGCCCCGGCGACAGUGCUCAGUUUGUUUAGACUUAAUUCCUUGUUUUGCCUAUUCCGCUCAAUAUUGUCCUUGAGAGUGGGGUUACAUCAUAUUGUCUUCCGACCGGGGAAAUCAACAGUCGGAAUCGAUGGUGGUGCGCGUGCUGAGCAGUGAGUAAAAGAGGAAAUGUCGAGUAAGAGCGCAACCGCUACACCCGACAGCGAUCGACGUGAUGAUGGUUUCAUAAGCGAUAAUGAGCUGGAUGGGCUUAAGAAAAAGCUGGAUGAUGAUAUCCGCCAGAUGGAAGACCACAUGAAGCAGUGGCGGAAAGAGCAUUUCGACCCCGACGGAUUUGCGGAGAAGACAUACAAGGAAUCCCGCACGUCCACCACAACGACCACCACAUCGAAAACCACCUAUUUCAUGCCGGAAAGUGAAGCCAAGAAAAGCCCACAGAAAUCCAUCCUGAAACACUGGCGAGCGGACAAUCUCAAUGGACCGUUGAAGUUCAACGUGGAAGUUAAUAAGCAAGCGGCAGCCGGUAACCAUGAGAGCCGGCCGCCCACUGUGGACAACGAUACGCAUGUGCGGUUUAUCUUUGACCUGGGCAAAUUCCAUCCCAAGGAGAUUCGUGUACGAGUGGUCAAUGAUAAGCUGAAGAUCUCGGCCAAACGGGAAAAACAAACGGAUGCCAAAUCUAUUGGGGAAGAGUAUAAUCGGGAAGUGAUAUUGCCGGCCGAUGUGGAUGCGGAAAGCGCCACUUCGGUGUAUUCGAAGAACGGUGUACUGGUGGUCGAUAUGCGGUAUAAGGCGCGCGAGGAGAUUAAGCCAUUCAAAUCCACACGAACUUUCUACACUCGGGGUUUCAGUUCCGAUUAGAAUGGCGCCAUAUAUAUCCAUCCACUUGCCGCAUCCCUUGUUAGUCCGUGGAGUAUAGAGCCCUUGAAAUAUUUUGGAGAUAAUUCAAGGGUGCAAUAUUGGCUGUACUCAACCGAUCAACGUAAUCAACGUAAGCGCUUCCUGUCAAUAUGCACGCUUUCAGCAGUUCUUUUAGAAAACACUUCCGUGCGAAGUAUGCGCACUCUGUGAUUAGCAAUUUUUAUUUUGCUUCGUUCAAACUGAAGGAUUUAGAGUAAUAUAAUAAAUGCAAAUUAGUAACUGCAUAUUUUUAUAUGAGAAGUGGGUUUUUGGUAUUUUUUUUUCGUUUUAUCUUCACAUGUUUAUACGUUUUUUAUAUGGAAUGGGCUACUUACCAGUUUACAGAUAAAAUUACCACAAAGUCA